AGAAGAAAGUAAGAAUGUGUAAAGUGUUAGUUUAACAUAAACAUGCAAGAAGGCAUUGUAUUAACCACAGCAAUGCCCUCUUCAUCUUCAUCUUCCUCUUCAUCAUUACGCCACCAUUGCAACAAUCUCUGCAACUGUAAACAUGCCCCAUCCGCCACCCUCGACCUCCUCAUCCUCCUCCUCGUUCUCUUCUCCGGCGCGUUCCUUCUCUCCUCCUACAUCCUCUACAUCUUCAACUCGCUCUCUCUCCUUCUCCCUUCCUUUUCUCUCCCCAUCCCUUACAUCCUCGCAUUCAUCAUCUUCUCCAUCGGUUUCGUCUUCGGUUUCGAGAUAUGUUGCGGUGCUCGAUCGAGGAAGUGUGAGCGGAAAGGUUGUAAAGGGUUGAAGAAAGCGACGGAGUUUGAUUUGAAGAUAGAGAGAUUAGGGUUAGGGUUUGGUGAAUAUGAGAAACUUCCUUGGAAAGGUGGGAGUGAAGGGAAUCCUGAUUAUGAGUGUUUGAGGUCUGAGUUAAGGAAAAUGGCUCCUGUUAAUGGGAAAGCUCUUUUGCUUUUUAGAGCUCCUUGUGGUUGUCCUGUUGCUAAGCUUGAAGCUUCUGGUCCUAAGAAAGGAAAGCGUCAGAAAAGGUUUCUCACGUGAUGCACACACACACACACAUAUGGGACAUAUCAAGCUGGAGUUUGAGAGGUCUACACCCAAUGCAACUCUUAAUGGAGGAGGAGAUCAUCGUUGAUCCACCACUGCGUUGGCAUGUCAUAUAUAUAUUUAAACCAUUGUCAUUCUCAUGGUUACUCAUUUAUUGGAAAGCUUUUGAUCCCAACAAUCUUUAUAAGAAAGAAAAUAGUGUUAACAAUCCUUCCUUGUAUCUGAACUGCCCAAGAGUGUCUAUAAACUUAUGAAGGAUCGUACAGAGUUGACUCCAAUAAACAUGUGGUUCAUCGUUGUUCCAUUUCAGUUGUUGUAAAAUGUCCUAAAAUUGCUGACUCCA